AUGAAGGGUUUACUGCUGCUCGCGUUCCUGGGCCUGGCUGCUGCUGCCCCAUUGGACGAUGAUAAGAUUGUCGGUGGAUAUGAGUGUGCCAAGCACUCAGUGCCUUGGAUCGUCUCCCUGAACGUGGGGUGGCACACAUGUGGAGGGUCCCUGAUCCACUCCAACUGGGUGGUCUCUGCUGCUCACUGUUACUACAGCCACAUCGAGGUCCGCCUGGGUGAACACAACAUCGCCCAGAUGGAAGGGACUGAGCAGCACAUUUCAUCAGAGAAAAUCAUCCAGCACCCACGCUAUGAUUCCCAAUACCUGGAUAAUGACAUCAUGCUGAUCAAACUGAGCAAAGCUGCCUCUCUCAACCGUGACGUGGGCACGAUCGCUCUGCCAAGCAGCUGUGCCUACGCUGGGGAAAUGUGCCUGGUCUCUGGCUGGGGAAACACCAUGUCCAGUGUUUCCAAUAACAGGCUGCAGUGUUUGGAUGCGCCAGUGCUAUCGGACAGGACCUGUCACAAUGCCUAUCCCGGGAUGAUCACCAACAACAUGAUCUGUGUCGGAUACCUGGAGGGAGGGAAGGAUUCCUGUCAGGGAGAUUCCGGGGGCCCGGUUGUGUGUAAUGGAGUUCUCCAGGGGAUUGUCUCCUGGGGAUAUGGCUGUGCUGAGAGAGGCUAUCCCGGGGUCUACACCAAGGUCUGUAACUACAUCUCCUGGAUCCAGGACACGAUCGCCAGGAACUGA